GUUCUACCUCGUUAGAUAGCCUUGGCCGAUACGCAGGGAUCGGAGGGCUGGGCAUCAGCCAGCGAUAUGUAACGGGUAGCUAUCAAGGCUAUCGAGGCUAUCUAUCAAGGCUGGGCCUCGGCCAACAGCCUUUUUCGAAGAUGUACCCCUCAUUGGCAGCAGAGGGAGAGAUUCCGAGAAAUCUUGAAACGGGCUUUGAUGUCUCCCGUCUCAGCAAUGAUGAGCUUGCCAAGAAGCUCCGAUCCUGUGGUGUGCGUGUGGGGCCCAUUGUUGGCUCCACGCGGCGCCUCUACGAGAAGAAACUGGUGGGCUUGCUGGCUGGCGGCCGCCGGGACCGCCCGGCGCCGCCCGUGGUGGACGAGUUCUCUGACGACUGCUCGGACGGGGACGAGCUGGGAGCAGACGGGCCUCGUGUGGGCGAGCCGGCGCCCGGCGCCAGUGCCAUCCGGCGCCGCCUUCCCGGCGGCACUGACGAGCCCGUGGCAGACCUGGCCGCCAAAUACCCCGACUUGGGGACGCUCGUGAAGGAGGAGGCCGACCAGCCACAUCUGCUCCGCGACGGAACUGACACCGGUGGUCGGGACAUCGGGCACGGCAGCGUGUCGGCCGAGGUCGGCGGACGCCACGAGAAGGAGCGGCGGCCAUGGGUCCGGCGCGGCGUCAAGCUGUUCUUCCUCGUCAUGCUGGUCGGCCUGUGCUGCAUCGGCUACUAUGAGUGGCAGCGCUGGGCCGCACUGCUGGAAGUUCUGGUGGAGGCGGGGCGCGCCGCCGUCGGCUCGCUGCCUGCCGCCGCGCCCGUGGCGCCGCCUCCGCCGGUGGCCCCGGUGGCGCCGCGUGGUGACGUCCUGAAGCACCCAUAGUCGCCGAGUCUUCGGCCUCCGCGCGGGAAGCUAGCGGCAGCGCGCCGGGGACGUGUUAAGCACAAAUCACGCAAGCACGACCAGUGACGUGGUCAACGGGUCACGUGUGUUUCUAUUCAUAGCAAUCAAUUUCAUGUUGCUGUUUGUGGCAUUGGGUGGCGUGUGAAGCCUAUCGUUUGAGAGCCCAGCCAAACAGCCAGAUCGUGCAUGUGGGCGCUGCCCGACCCAGUCGGCAGGAAAUCACCAGCGUUACGGUGUACCGGGGCGGGUGCGCUUUCGUGGUCAUGGCUUCACUCAUGUCGUGUUGAAUGAAUAAAUUAUGAUGCUGAUUUGCAUCGCGCACGUGUUC